UGCGGACGGUCGCCGCGUCCCCUGUCUUGCCGCCGGUCCCCGCCACACUUAAAGUACCCAGCGCGGCGGAGACACACGGGUGGUUAGAGCGAGAGAAGGGGCAUGGGGCGGCCGGCUGCUCAGCUAAAAACAACCCUCUCCUAAUAAAGCGAUGGGGCCCUGGCCGCGGCGCCGCACUCCACGCGCCCUAUAAAUACGCUCCGUGCAGAGCCGGCGGGCUUUGGCCGGCGCGGCUCUGCAGGCGGCGCGGUGCAGCGGAGCGGAGCAAAACCAGCGGGGCUGCCACUGCCGCCAGGAGAACCUGGGCCUCGCACCCUGACACCCCAGCAAGAUGCCCCGGGUAGACGCAGACCUCAAGCUGGACUUUAAAGAUGUCCUGCUCAGACCUAAACGAAGCAGCCUCAAAAGCAGAUCAGAGGUUGACCUCACGCGCACCUUCACCUUCCGCAACUCCAAGCAGACCUACACGGGAAUUCCCAUUAUAGUGGCAAACAUGGACACUGUGGGGACGUUUGAAAUGGCUGUGGUUAUGGCAAAACAUGCAAUGUUCACUGCAAUUCACAAGCAUUAUUCUGUGGAAGAAUGGAAACUGUUUGCUGCCAAUCACCCAGAAUGCCUUGAGCAUGUAGCAGCAAGCUCAGGUAGUGGAAAAGCUGACUUGGACAAAUUAAGAAGUAUUCUAGAGGCCAUUCCACCUAUCAGAUACAUCUGUCUGGACGUGGCAAAUGGCUACUCCGAGCACUUUGUGGAGUUUGUGAAGUCUGUCCGUGCCCUGUUCCCACAUCACACCAUUAUGGCAGGCAACGUGGUGACAGGAGAGAUGGUAGAAGAACUUAUUCUUUCUGGAGCAGAUAUUAUUAAAGUGGGUAUUGGACCAGGUUCUGUGUGUACCACUCGGAUUAAGACAGGAGUGGGCUAUCCACAGCUAAGUGCCGUUAUUGAGUGUGCAGACUCAGCACAUGGCUUGAAAGGACAUAUCAUCUCUGAUGGUGGAUGCAGCUGCCCAGGAGAUGUCGCCAAAGCGUUUGGAGCUGGUGCUGAUUUUGUCAUGCUUGGAGGAAUGUUUGCAGGCCACGACCAGUGUGCUGGAGAGAUUAUGGAAAAGAAUGGCAAGAAGGUGAAACUCUUCUAUGGAAUGAGCUCUGAUACAGCCAUGAAGAAGCACGCAGGAGGGGUUGCUGAAUACAGGGCUUCAGAGGGCAGAACUGUGGAGGUCCCAUACAGAGGGGAUGUGGAACUCACCAUCCUGGACAUCCUUGGGGGGCUGCGCUCCACCUGCACCUACGUGGGAGCUGCCAAACUCAAGGAACUGAGCAGAAGAACAACAUUUAUCCGGGUCACCCAGCAACACAGUCAGGUCUUCUCUUAGCCAAGGGUUGGGGGUCUGGAGAGAGAGGGGCUGAGGAGAGGAGCAGGAAGGGCUGCUGUUUUCUUUUGCUUUCUCCUCCAUGUUGUGUUAGUGGCAAACUCUCCUCUCUCGGAAUGGCAGUGGAUAAAUGUAGAUGGGAUUUGGAAGGGGAAGGUCGUGCUAUUAACACAGUGCCAUUGGUUCAAAAUGCAAUAGCCUCAUCUUUUAUUGCUGUGCCUAUUUAAUUUUGUAAUCAAUAUUUCUUCACCUGAUUUUUCUCCCUCUCUGCUGAAUAGCUGCUGAAACCUCAGUUAGCAGGAACUGGCUUGUACAGACAUGGCUGUUAUGCCUGCACACAUACACACAUUCCCUUUUUUUAAGACUGACCUGUCAGCUACCACCGCUUCUGGCAGCGUGACCUCCAGACACUGCAGGCUGGGAGGGAAAAAGAUUCAAGGAAUUGCACAGAGAAAUCAAAAAUCAAAUUCUCUUAAGCUUUGUUCUGGCAACAGAAUGGAUGUUUGUGGCAUGGCUGCCAGCCUGCAGAACGUUAGAGGUGGAUGGUGGAUGAGGCCUGGCUACUGGUGACUUCUUACUGUGAUGACAAAAAUGUCAGACCUCUCUCACUCUCAGGUCACAGGCCUGGUCCUGCUGUACUUAAUCUCCCUACUCAAUGGACUUGCCUCUUCAGAGAAGCUGGCAUUGAAUGUAGCAAACCCAUACUGUCUCCCCUGCCUCCAUCUGUGGAGGUCAUUCAGGAGAAAACAUCUCAGAGCUCACCUGCUUUUUCAUGCAAUCAGUUACUGAAUUACCUGGGUUCUUGCUUUUACCUCUUCCCUCUGAGCAGAUUUUUAAGACAUUGAAGCUCAGCAACAGUAACUCCACCAAGGGAGGUGGGGGUUUCUCUGCAAGCCCACUCUCUUCCCUUGCUUAUUCAUAUCCACUUAACAAAGAUGUAAACAUGCUGUGCUGUGCAGUGCCUGUGGCCUGGUGAAUGAAGCUGGAAGAAUCAAAUUCCCUUGUAGUUAUCUGGUGCCAUUCCUUUGCAGUCCUUGCACCAUGAAAAGCAAAAGUGAGCUUUCAGCCCAAUACCCCAGUUGCAAGACACUGGUAGGCUGACAUGGAGUUAAAGCAUUUGCUGCAAAGACAGUAAUGAAUGUUUAAGACUCUGGGUAACACUUUAAUCAACUGUAAUGUCCCACUAAUUAAUUGAUAAAUCACAAUGAAAUUUCUUAGGAAACACACUGCAUCCACAUGAAUACCACAGUAGCUCAUUAUGAUAAAUGAUGUAAAAGUGAGCACCAACAGAAUUAAUAAUGCUGGGCCACUUACUUUAAAGUGCUGCUGAGGUUGUAAUACAGCUGAUAGUACUUCAGUGUCUUGCUCUCCCCUCCUGUAGAUACCUGUAGAAAGAGGCAGGCUUCCUUUUAAAAGCAAAAGAGUCAUCUAUAGAAAGAAGAACAGCAAAGAGAAACUUAUAUGCUGGACUGCUCAAAAAAGCCAUACACAAGGAUUGGUACAAUGAUCAUGCAGAGGAACAGACCCAGGCCACAGGCUGAUCCCUGGUGAUUCUGAAGUGCUGUGUGCACAUCAGAAAAAAACCCCACAGAAUAUCUUCUAAAUAGCCUGGUGUUUCAAAUGUUUUCCUUUCAACAUGUAUGACAUAAUUUUUAAUUAUGGUAUGACCCCUUUCUCUUCUUUGGAGGUGCAUAAUGGCCUUAAUGUGAACACAGGUUAUGCUUGUGCUGGCUUUAAGGACUACUUGUUCUGCCCACAUAGAUACCAUAAAGGAACCUGAACACAGAAGAGAAGGCGGCCCUGUAAAUAAAGGACCUGAUCUCUGUUCCCUCCAGCCUGAAAGCAUCACAUUAACGAGGUGCCAGGCUUCUUUACCACAAACCACACACUGCUCUUACCUGAGUACAGACAGUUCUGCUACGCUGCAUCAGCACAGCAAGAGGUGGUCACUGUUGCUUUAUUUGUGUGCUGUGAAGGGAAGGGGUACACAGGCAAACCAACACCUCUGCUAGGAGUGGGGUUCAACCAUGACAGCACAGGCCUGACCAGGGUGACUACAGGUGUGUCCCCACACUCGUGCCUUCAUACGUGGGAAGUGCAGCAGUCUGCUGGUCUCUCACCCACCCUCGCUAGCGCUUUUCUACUUUUUUUAGCUACAUUUCUAAAUGGAAUUUAAGAAAUACGUAUACAUAUAUAAAAUAUAUAUUUGUAAACAUUUUUUUU